CUUCAUUAACUCACCAUAGCAAAGCCGGAGAGCAGAGCAGAGGUUCUGCUGGUCGCUUUAAGUUUAGCUCGACUCAGAAACUACAAGUCAAGCUACCCACAAUGCACCGCUGACGGUCACCACGCAGAUGACGCUUUGUGGGAUUUGUAGUCCACAACAUUUUUUUCCCACGCGGGAUCGAUUUGAACGGUCAUGUCCUGGAAUUGUUUUUAUGCGCAGAAUGUGAACUGGCGUUAGGAAUCUGUAUGAUGAAUGAAUAAGGCAAGCCUGUAACUGGACGCCAGGUGGUCUGUGAUUGGCUGAGCUGAGGCCCCCCUCUUUCCCCCCCAUUUUCUUUUUCUGGUGCAUAUGCAUGAGAUAGCAGGCUGGUGUGUGCCUGCCUGUGCAGUUGCCUGUUCCAGACAGAAAAAGAGAGGGAGAGAAACAGGAGCGAGACAUUGGGGAAGGUUAGAGGAAGAGGAAUAGAGAAAGGAAAUCGGGUGAGGAGACGGCGGGCAACUGUGAUUAGUGGGGUUGUAAUCAUGUCUAUGUUCUGUUUGUCUGGCUGGCUAUGAGAUCAGGCAGCCAUGGCCAUGUCGCUGAGUGCCGACGAUGAGGAUUACGACUCGGAUACAGCCGAACAGCAACGGCUACCCAACAGACCCAAGCCCAAAAUGGCUGCAUCAACAGCAACAACUCCUGCAGCGACCGCUUCUUCAUCCACUGCAACAGCGGUCAAGCUGCCGUCCAGUCGAACUUCCUCUGGAGCUCGCCGUAGACGCACACGAUGUCGAAAAUGCGAGGCAUGUGUGCGGACGGAAUGUGGAGAGUGUCACUUCUGUAAGGACAUGAAGAAGUUUGGAGGACCUGGUCGAAUGAAACAGUCUUGCAUUAUGAGACAAUGUAUAGCUCCCGUGUUACCACAUACAGCAGUAUGUGUGGUGUGCGGUGAAGCCGGUAAAGAAGACACGCUUGAUGAUGAAGAUGAGAAAUUUAACGCCAUGCUCAUGGAGUGCUCCAUCUGCAACGAAAUUGUCCACCCAAACUGCCUCAAGAUGAAGGAUGCAGCUGGAGUAGUAAAUGAUGAGCUUCCUAACUGCUGGGAAUGUCCAAAAUGCAAUUACGCUGGGAAAACUGGAAAAGCCUGCAAGCAAAAACGGGGCCCAGGCUUUAAGUACGCGUCCAACCUGCCAGGCUCCCUGCUGAGGGAGCAGAAAGCAGGACGUGACGGAAGAGAGGAAGGGGACCAGACAUCCACAGGUGCUUCAUCCAUCAAAAGGAAGAGUGAGAGGGAGGAAACUCCCAGACUAAAGACUGAAGAUCUACCCUCCCGUCUUCCCCCACUCUUGAGCCCCAGUGGCCUGCCAAGACCACGAUCUGAAGUGCCCAACUUCUUGAGGAAGAAGAGGAAGUUAUUUGAUGAUGAUGAAGAGGAAGAGGAGGCUAGUGCUAAAAAGAAGCCGAAGAAACCCUGGAGGCCUGAAGAGGCUUUGAUUCCCAAACUCUCUCACAUGAAAACAGAAGAGGAGGAAGACAACUCUGAUGAGGAGGAAGAGAGACAGGAGAAGCGAGAACUGCCUCAUCGUUCAUUUAAGAAAGACUACAGCACAGUGAGAAAAGAGGAAGAUCAUGAGGAAGAGAGGAGGGAGGCAAGAGAUCCACCUUUCAGGUCCCUAAAGGAUUUCAACACUCUACGGAAAGAGGAAGACCUAGAAGAAGAAAAGGAGGAAGAUGAUGAGGAAGAGGAGGAGGACAAUAAUGGCAAACGAGGCAGGGAUAGUAGCCCUGCACUGAAGAACGUCUCCUUAUCACUUGAGAGUGACGCAUCACGGUGCAGCUCCCCAAGAGCAGGGCCGAGCAGUGAAGGUAGUGAGACGCAAGAGAAGGCCCCACGUGCUCGGGCGAAGCGACACCGGCGCAAGCCCCCUAACCACCAGCUCAGCGCAGAACUCAUCAAGCAACUCAACAUGGAGAUCCGUCGCACAGAGCAUUCACUGGCCAAUGAGAACCAGCAGCCACUCAAGAGUGAACCCGAGGACAGCGAGAACGAGGAACCAAAGAGAGGCUUACGGAACGGGACUGCAGGAAAUGGAGGAGGAGGUGGAGGAGUAGAAAGAGGAGCAGGUGGAGAGGGAGGAGGGGAGCGGCCGCACUUACGAGCAAGAGAGAUGAAUGGGACAUCUUGGGAGCUGCGGCACUUCUACCCACCUCAGAUUACCCCGCUUGGUUUGAACCGCAGUUCGCCUACAGUCAGACCAAUUCCUGCACGUUCCCCUCCCAAGUGUGUUCAAAUGGAGCGCCAUGUGAUUCGGCCACCUCCAAUCUGCCCUCCACCUGAUAGGUUACCACUAGCUGAUGGCCGUAAUCACAUCGCUCCCAGAGAAGCAUGGUUGGCUAUUUUCAGUCACUUGAGGUAUCGUGAACUUUGUGUGUCUAUGCGAGUGUGCCGAACAUGGAAUCGCUGGUGCUGUGACAAGAGAUUAUGGACUCGUAUCGAUUUGAAGCGUUGUAAGUCCAUCACCCCACUGAUGCUAAGUGGGAUAAUUCGCAGACAGCCCAUCACUCUGGACUUGAGCUGGACCAACAUCUCCAAAAAGCAAUUAAGCUGGCUUAUUAACCGAUUACCAGGACUGAGGGUACUUCUUCUCUCAGGCUGUUCAUGGGUGGCUGUUUCAGCUCUCUGCACGUCCAGCUGUCCUUUGUUACGUACUCUAGACCUGCAGUGGGUGGAGGGACUUAAAGACCCCCAGAUGAGGGACCUGCUGUCCCCUCCUACUGACAAUAGACCAGGUCAGAUGGACACGCGCAGCAAAUUACGGAAUGUUACUGACCUGCGUCUGGCUGGUUUGGACAUUACAGACAGCUCUCUGCGUCUAAUCAUUAAAAAUAUGCCUCUACUCUCCCAUCUGAACUUGAGUUACUGCAACCAUAUCAAUGACCAGUCAGUAAACCUGCUGACUGCUGCAGGGACCACCACUAGAGACUCCUUAACCGAUGUCAACCUUUCUGUGUGUAACAGGGUCACUGAUCAGUCGCUGAGCUACUUCAAACGCUGUGGAAGCAUCUGCCACAUUGACCUGCGAUUUUGCAAGCAGGUGAGCCGACAGGCAUGUGAGCGCUUCAUUGCUGAGAUGUCAGUCAUCGUUCCUUUCCAACUGCAAGAGGAUAAACUGCUCCAAAAACUUCACAGCACUCCCUAGUGUCUGGGAGGAACUGAACACCAUCUAAAACAGUGAUGGGCAAACUUGGCCCUUCCAGACCACUUUCCUGCAGAGAUUUGAUCCAA